GUUACUACCGGGGUGCGGUGUCCCGGCGGUUUGGGAAACCCUGCCGCUGAUACAGCGAGAGGGCACACGCAGCGUAACACGUCGGUGCGAGCGCGCCACGUGGCACCGUCGAGAGUGCGCGAGGCGAGGAGCCGUGUCGAGGCGGGCGGCGUCCACCUCUCCUCUCCUUCCCUCCCUCCCGACUUUCUCGGCGGCGAUGCGAUUUCUGCGCCCUUUCGCGGCCUUCCUCCUCACCACCGCUUCACGACGAUCCGCCCCUGCACCCCUCGCCUCCUCCUCCUCCUCCUCCUCCUCCUCCUUCCGAUGGGCGCGGAGCAAGCCCCGGAGCCACCGCCGCCGCCGCCGCCGCCUGUGGCGGCGGCCGAGCGCGGGAUGGGCUUCGCCGAGCGCGCCGUGGCGGCCGCCGGCGCAGCCGUCGUCUCCGCCGUCCUCGUCAACCCGCUCGACGUCGCCAAGACAAGGUUACAAGCACAGGCGGCCGGAGUUGUCUAUAAUCCGAUAUGGUCAGAUUUUAGGUGCUAUCCGUGGUGCAACCCUGGAAUGAAUGGUUUAGGGCCAUCAUGCAGUUCUGAAUGCUUCCAAUACAGAGGGACAAUGGAUGUGUUUUAUAAGGUCACUAAACAGGAAGGAGUUUUUAGACUAUGGAGAGGUACUGCUGCAAGCCUAGCAUUGGCAGUGCCAACGGUUGGGAUAUAUCUGCCCUCAUACGAUCUAUUGCGCAAUUGGAUUGAAGAAUAUUCAGAUCAUAGUUUUCCUAAACUGAGACCAUAUGCUCCUCUUAUUGCUGGCUCUGUUGCCCGAUCAUUGGCAUGCAUAACUUGUUCCCCUAUUGAGUUGGCAAGAACACGGAUGCAGGCCUUUAAAGUAUCAAAUGUUGGAGGAAAACCCCCUGGAAUGUGGAAGACUUUGCUUGGUGUGCUUGCAUUGAGACAGAGCAUCAAUCAUCCUGAAAAUAUUCGGUCAUACCACCUUCUAUGGACUGGUCUUGGAGCACAACUUGCACGUGACGUCCCCUUCUCAGCUAUAUGCUGGACAGUUCUUGAACCAACUAGAAGGCAUCUGAUAAGAAUAGUUGGCGAGCAAAGCAAUGCAGCUGUUAUAUUGGGGGCAAACUUCUCCGCAGGCUUCAUUGCUGGAGUUAUCUCUGCUGGUGCUACCUGUCCUCUCGAUGUUGCCAAGACACGCAGACAAAUAGAGAAGGACCCAGCUAGGGUAUUACACAUGAACACAAGGCGCAUAUUGCAUGAAGUAUGGAGUAAGGAAGGCAUCAGCGGGAUAUUCAGAGGUGCAGGUCCUCGAAUGGCACGGGCAGGGCCUUCAGUGGGCAUCGUCGUCUCGUCAUAUGAAGUUGUGAAGCACAUCAUGCACCGGAAACACGCAGAGUUAUGACCUGAUUUUAACUCUUCAAACGUAGAAUUCAACUGCAGCUGAGGCUUUUAACCAUUAUUUUUUCUAGUUUACCCUACACGGACUAGAUCGCUUUAGUGAAAGCCGGUUUUUAUUCUCUAUCUAUAUGCCUUGCCUACCUUAUCAGGAAGGUGAGGCCGAGUGUGUCCCUUCUAAUAAAAGGGCAGAAUGCCCUAGAUGUGAACAUUCCUUGUUACAAGAAUUCAUUGAUCCAUUCUCCCUGUCUGCUAAAAGUGAGUUUGGGUUGAAAGAUAAAAAAAAUAAUGAACACGAA